CUCAUUCAACCCCUUUCACUCACUCUAAAAAAAAUAUACAAAGAUGGGCGCCAAAAACAAAGGCAAAGGAGGCGGAAACAACGAUGACUCCGGCAAGGGAGGAAAAGGUGGUGGUGGCUUGAAGCCUGCGACUUCGAUUAACGUUCGGCAUAUUCUUUGCGAGAAAUACUCCAAGAAGGAAGAAGCACUGGAGAAGCUCCGCAAUGGGUCCAAGUUCGAUGAUGUCGCGAGGGAGUUUUCGGAGGAUAAGGCUAGACAGGGCGGUUCUCUCGGCUGGAAAGCACGGGGCAGUCUGGAUGGUGCGUUUGAGAAGACGGCGUAUGAAUUGGAGCCCAGUUCGACGGGGAGUCCGAAGUACGCGGAGGUGAAGACGGGGUUUGGAUAUCAUAUUAUUAUGGUUGAGGGGAGGAAGUAGAUAUCAUUGUUAUCAAUUUCAUUUUAAGCAUGCGAAU